UUAAAAGAGACCUGGGCGGGCGGAGGGAGGCUGUGGAGCGAGCGCGGAGCCCAGCGGAGCGCAACGCGCGGCGACAGCCGAGAGGCACCCACCGACGGGCGACGGGCGACGGGCGCAGCGGGAGCGAGAGGAGCCGGGAAGAGAGGCGCGCUCCGGCUAAGCGAGCAGAGCCGGGCAGCGUCUCCUGGCCGCCACACAGACGGCCGGGCGCCCUCCCCGAGUCCCCACUCCCGCGCCGCGCCACUCCGACCAGCAUGAGACUCCUGACGGCCGCGCUGCUCCUGCUGCUCCUUGCGCUGUACGCCGCGCGCGUGGACGGGUCCAAAUGCAAGUGCUCCCGGAAGGGGCCCAAGAUCCGCUACAGCGAUGUGAAAAAGCUGGAAAUGAAGCCAAAGUACCCGCACUGCGAGGAGAAGAUGGUGAUCAUCACCACCAAGAGCGUGUCCAGGUACCGGGGUCAGGAGCACUGCCUGCACCCCAAGCUGCAGAGCACCAAGAGGUUCAUCAAGUGGUACAAUGCCUGGAACGAGAAGCGCAGGGUCUACGAAGAAUAGGGUGAACAACCCCGAUGGGAAAACAUCUUACUGGUUGGGAGACAGCAAAGAACUUUGCAGAGUUAAAAACAAAAAACAACCUUUCCUUCUCACAGGCAUAAGACACAAAUUAUAUAUUGUUACAAAGCACUUUUUACCAAGGGUCACUUUUUACAUUUUAUAGCUGUGUGCAAAAGGCUUCCAGAUGUGAGACCCAUCUCUAUUGUGCUCCAGACUUCAUCACAGGCUGCUUUUUACUGAAAAGUGGGAAACUCAUGCCUUUCCUUUGUUAAAAAAAAAUGCUUUUUUUUUUAUUUGUCCAGAUAUCACUUAUCCAUCUGAGCUUUAUAAGCGCCUGGGAGGAACAGGGAGCAUGGUGGAGGCGUUUCACAGCAGCGCUGCUCCGCUCCUAGCACAGGAAGCUUUCCGCUCAGAGGUCCUGGCGCCUCGGCACAGCUGCCGCGGGCUCUCCCGGGUUCAUGGUCAGUCACAGGCGCAGGGGACCCCACAGUGGCCCCAGCCGCAGGGCGAGCAGAAGCAGAUCUCUCUGCAUCUGUUCUUUUAUGAACUAGAGUUUGGCUGCCAGGGAAGUGGGCUCCAGCCCCCUGGUUCAUUUUUUACACACUCUAAGGAAACAUUUUCAAAAUCCCGGGAUGGCGAAGCAAUCUGUCCUUAAGGAAGGGCUAGGGUCUGCUCUCCAAUCUGUGGGUUUGCAGAAGGUUCACUGCUUCCAUAGUUAAUGCUUUGGAAGUAGGUGAAGUUUCUGACCCUGUUAGCAAAAACAGGAGAAAACCUAAAAAUAUACAGAUACACGCACGAUAUACCGCUACGGACACAGGUUCUAUUGACAAGGGAGAACCUUCAAAGCAUGUUUCUUUCCCUCAUUGCAAUGGAACAUGCAGUACUAAGCCAAUCUACCCGUGAUUCCCCCACGUAAUUCUUCAAUGUUAAACCGUGCAGUCCUGUUUUGUAAGCUAAGAUGACCAUGUGCCCUCUCCUUUGUAAAUAUACUCAUAAGAAUGCCCCCUCCACACAUGGCCCCCUCAGCAUCUGCCGCAUCGUACUGCUGUGUCUUAUGCUAUGUAAAUGUCAGAAACCAUUAGCGUUGCAUGCAGGUUUCAUAUUCUUUCUAAAACAAAAAGAAAGUAAUAAAAUAUAUUUGAAAUGUACCAAAA